CUGGACACAAAACAACCUUUCGGCUGUAAAAAGAAUGUGUUUCUUAACGCAGACGUAAAACAUUAGCUACGUCGAACGGACUAAUACGUGUGUACUAAUUCCCCCGCUGCUGUUGUUGCUGACUUUUUUCUACCAGAUUAAUUUUCUUGUGAAAUAUGGACGAACACCUGUUUCAAUAGGAACUUGAUUCUUCCAUACAGAAGAAAGCCACUACCAAUAAAACAGCUGUUUUUUGGAAGUGGGAGUGUUUUGGAUUUUUUUUUUCUCAUGCGCUCUCAUGCUCUUUAAUAUCAACCGUAGCAAUGAGUGUGAGCGUACCUUCUGACGUUUUUCUGUCUGCUAUAGCUCCCAAUACUACUGUCAGCACCUAUGCAGUCCCCUCGGAGACACAGCUGGAAAAUGGAGGCUCCCACUCGGACGAGGACGCUAAGGCGAAAAGGGUGCAACAGCAGGUUCAAAUGCGACUUGCCGAGAAAUUAUCGAAAUCUCUACCGCAGAUCAACGGCUGUGGAUUAAAAUACGCCUCAUCAGAAUAUGGCGAUUCUUCAACAAUUAAGUAUUCUACCUUCAACCCUGGCUUCAGCAAGUCCCACUUGUUCACCAUGGGAAGGAUAAUGGUGCCCCGCACGUCACAGUAUGCCGGCAGUUACUCUUCACGUUCUGCCAUGGAGAUGCGCCCUGAGCGUAGGAUUAGCAUGGGGGGCAGGAGAUGGGGCAGUAUGUACCAUGAAGACAUGAGUUUGGGUGGGUACCAGACCAGCCGUCAGCAAGGCAUUAGUCGUGCCAUGAGCCAGGCUGACCUGGAGACCAUGUCCAUGCACUCCAUGCACCUGAACAGUCUGCCUCAGCAGCCAACCCCAGUGGCUGCCUGGAUGUCCCAGGAUGAUGGUGAAGGUAGCCUGGUUUCCGACAUGGAUGGCACCAUCACUCAUCAGCCCCUCUACAGUGCCAGCAAUGACUACAUUGUCCAGACCCAGCAGACAGCGCCGUCUGUGUCAGCACCCACAACCAUGCACCGUUCCCUCAGCGGGACGCUGUGUCGUGGGGUCUGGGGAGGGGGAGGGGUGGAGGUGAUGCAUCAAUACUCCUUCAAGGGCCCAGCGCACCGAACCAUCAGCCGCAUUAACAAUCGCCACCAUCGCAUGAGCAUGGGCUCCAUCUCUGGAUCUGGUGUCCCACAGCGACAGAUGUCCUCCAGAGUCAGUCGCUAUGGGGGAGGCUACGGCAUGGGCCAGAUGUCCACCCACUCUCAGGGCAACCUGCUCGUCCUUCAGCAUCAGCCAGCCUCAGGCCGGCGUGCUCUAUCUGUCAAGAGCCUGUGUGCUAGUGUGGGCAAGGGGAUGGACAUCUUAGAUGGAGACAUGGAAAUGACAGGCCUAAGUAGGAUAAACAGUCUGGAUAUGCUUACGGCAGUCAACUACUUGACCAUGCCCGAUGCAGGGUUGCAGGUGCUUGGAGCUGCCUACCUCCAGCAUGAGUGUUACCACAAAAAAGAGGCAAAGAACCAGGUGCGUGAACUGAAAGGCAUCACUGCAUUGGUGCAACUCUUUGAAAGUGACAACCAGGAGGUGCAACGCUAUGCCACAGGUGCUAUGCGCAAUAUCAUCUAUGAGAACAUGGAAAACAAAGCAGCGCUGAUCGAGGCAGGGGGCAUCUCCAAACUCAUCGAGGCACUCAAGGAGACUGAUGAUGAGCUUCGCAAAAACAUCACUGGGAUCCUAUGGAAUUUGUCUUCCAAAGACAGCCUUAAGGAGAAGCUGGCAGAGGAGACAUUGUCUGUGCUGACGAAAAUGAUCCUAAUUCCCCUGUCGGGUAGUGGAGACUCCGAGGUGAUCCAGCAAAGCCCUUCUGAGGCAGAUAUCGUCUACAACACCACCGGCUGCCUCAGGAAUCUAAGCUCUGUGAAUGAGAAGACACGGCAACAAAUGAGGGAGACCUCAGGGCUGGUGGAUGCACUAGUGGAAUACAUCCAGAACUCCCUCCAAAAUGACAAGAUGGAGGAGAAAGGAAUAGAGAAUGCUGUUUGUGUCCUGAGGAACCUGUCCUAUCAGCUGUACAGUGAGAUGCCUCCCUCUGCCCUGUUGCGAUUGGAAGGACCUACACGAGGGCAGAACUAUCAAAGCAGUGAAGCUAUUGGCUGCUUCACCCCUCAGAGCAAGAAAGCUAAGGAUAAAUGGAACCAAGACCUGGCCAUAUUCACGGAGGUGGCUAGGCAGCCCAAGGGGCAGGAGUGGCUGUGGCACCCCCAGGUGGUUGGGCUGUAUAAUCAAGUGUUGCAGCGCUGCAAGAUCAGCAGCACCAGCAGUGAGGCAGCUGCUGGGGCGCUACAGAACAUUACUGCUGGAGAUAAGAGGUGGGCCAUGGUGCUAAGUCGAGUGGCACUGGAGCAGGAGCGCAUGCUGCCCGUAGUGGUGGACCACCUGCGCAGCCACAGUGACCUAGAACUGCGCUCUAUAACAGGCUUCCUGAGAAACCUGUCUCGCCAUGCCAAGGACAAAACUGACAUGGCAACCAAGGUGGUGAACAGCCUAGUGUCCAAACUGCCUAGUGAUGGUCACCAGAAGGAGCCCUCCAGUGAUGUGGUGGUCAAUAUCUGCGGAAUCCUCAACAACCUUGUGACAUGCUGCAGCAUAGCUGCCAGAUACAUCACUAUCUAUGAUGGGCUGCCAAAACUGGUGGCUAUCAAGACCUCCCACAGCAACAGGCCUGAGCAGCUGAAUGCAGCUAAGGCGGCAGCGACGGUACUCACCAACAUGUUCCAGUACAAGAAGCUGCGCAAGGACUACAAACAGAGAGGAUUCACCAAACAUGACUUCAUGGACAUAAUCUAAAAGAGGACUGCUCUUUGCAAAACAACAGCAAUAACAUGCAUACUUAAAGAAGCAAGUUAUAUUGGUCUGAAAAGUCUUUUCUCCUGGGACAUAUAUCAAACCCACCUGAAACUGUACAGGGGAUCAUCACAUUUACAGCACAACGUGUUCCGGGAAACCCUAGCAUAAAAGCAUUGGGAACUGAGUUGCACUUUCUCAUAGACACAAGGAUCAUGAUCCUGAAUGCAAACUGGAAGUAAACUUUGUCACAAAAAGUCUAGGUAAAUAAGGGAUUAAUAUUGCUUAUAAGAUAUAAAUACUGUAUAAGUGUUUGUAGAUAUUUAAUUCAAUAUCUCUAUAUUUAAAUGCACUUGCACAUGAAGGACAGCAGAAAUAUUCAGUAUUCUGACACACAGUGCGUGACAUUUAGGAAUGCAAGAACAUGGGGAACAGAAAGACACAAAUCAUGGUCCUCUGACAGGUGUUCAUUACAAGGUGAAGUGAAGGAUAAAAUAUCUUCAGCUCCAACCCAUAAACUAUAGCAGAGACCUCCAAUGAUGAAUAGAUUUAUAAUUUAUUAAUUUCACUCCCCAGCAAUGGUAUAAAUCAAGAUUUUGUGUUGUUAAACAAUGGUGCUAUUUUUAUAUGAAUUAUAAACAUGGAUCAUCUUGAACUGUAUUGUCAUAAAAUAGGGACUGCCUGUAUUUAUGAACAGAGAGAGACAUACCAACAAAUAAUGGCAAAGAUGGUGUUGUUAAUUACAUCAGCUGCACUACAAGGGAUCUCUGCAUAAGAUAUAUACUACGUUUGGGUGCAUGUGCAGUGGACAUGUGUGGAAUUUCCUGCAGCUGAUCAUUGCUUUUUUCUAGCAACAGCCCAACCAUGUCCAGAUGGAUCUCGCCUACUGCAAUUUGUGCUUCAUCUGUAGCUCCACCCAUGCCUGAAUGUCUCUUGUGCUGGAGAGCUGAAGUUUUUUUUUACAAUGCAUCACAGAGAAGCACAUACCAAUGGAGGAUAGGCACUACUCCACAGAUGUCAUCCAAGCAAUUCACAGGCACCUGAUGAAUUGCAAGCUGGCUGAUAGUGGUGAGAUAAGGAAACCCCAGUCAUCCUACCCACCCUUAUUGUCAUUGAACAAAGCCAGUUUGUUCUGGCACUGUGGGCUCUUUGUCAUUAUCUGUCGAUGAUUCAAAUGGGAUGGAGCCCAAGAUGUAGGGCUCAGCCUGCACUCAAGACAAGUGCCUUACCGACUGAGUCAUUUGGAAGCCCCAAUAUAUUUGUCUUUGUCCAGCCUUAUCUCUGGAUCUCCACUCGAAUGUUGUAAAUCAUUUUAAUCAAUCCAAAUUAAUACAUGUGCAAUUGUCACUUUCAGUACUGUUAUUCAUAUUGUAUCUAAAUCUGAUCAUUAAAAUAAGAGGAGGCACACACAAUAGAAAUGGGGUGACCCCAAUGAAAAAUGAACGUUUGUAUGGGAACUCUAGUGAGUAUCAAUUUGAUGGAAAUCUGAAGAUGUUGACGAUAGACAGUUUCAAGUUUUUCAUGGUCUAGUUCUAGACUUCCUCUGAAGCGCUGACUCUGGACCAGUUUCUGCUUUUUAAACUUAAUGGCUGGAGUCUGUUUGCAGUUGGUUAAUAUGAUCCUACUUUGGUUGCAGAGGGCAAAAUUUACCUAGAAUAUUUUUCUUUGACUGAGUGGGAAAAAAACAUUAAUUUCAUAGAUAUUCAGUAGUCCAGUUACCCUAUCCAAUAUAAAGUCCCAAAUCAAGGUGC